AUGCCCGCGGGGAGGGUGUUUAGGCCGGACAGGGGAGAGAGGGCCGAGCGCGGGGAAAGGAGAAGAGACGGGAGAGAUGGGAGGAGGGAUGGUCGCGGGGAUAGGGACAGGGAUCGGGACGGCAGGGAUGCCCGUUCGCGUCUAGGCAGGGGUCCGUCUGCCGAUGGGCAAGCUGCGCAGGCUGGUGGCCGGAAGCAAUACUUUGUACUUGCGAUGCGCAAUGUGCCCGAGGAUAAGCUCAAACUUCCGCAUAUUCUCAAGUUCUUCGAAAACUAUGGCACCCCGGACAACGUCCAGCUUGUUACCCCCGAUCGGGCGUUUAUCAUCUACGCGUCACGUGAGCCGGCGCAAGCUGCCACAAAGUCGGUGGAUGCAAUCAUGGGAAAUCGCCACAUCCGCCUCGGAUGGGCUACCGCGCAAGACUACGACGUCUCGGGGCUGGAGCUUACGGACGAGGGCGUGCUGCAGCCGUCGACAGGCCGGAGGAAAACCCGCGACGACCGCCGUGGCGACAAGGGUGACCGGCGCGGCGACCGCAACGACGGCAACCGCGGCGAAGGCGGCGCAAGGAAAGAAUCUCGAAGCGCCGCGCAUGGGAUGAAUGCUGUGGCAAAGAAGGAGGCCGAGAAGCAGGAGGCAGCCAAGGCGGCCGAGGAGGACCUGCGGAAAAAACGCGCCGCGAUCGCCGAGGCGCGUGCGAAGCAGGACGAGGUGAAGACGCAGCUGCAGGCGCGCAAGAAGCAGCUAGUGGACGAGCAAAAGGUGCUGUUUGCGUCCAUGGCCACGGCCGGCGACCAGGCGGCAAAGCUGGAGCUGUUUCGCAAGGCCAAGGCGAUCGACUCACAGCUGGAACAGGUCGUGUCCGGGCUGAACCCGAAGGCGGGCGCGGUCGCUUCGACGGCCCGCGUGGCUGCGUCGCCCUCGGCCCGCGGCGGCGCGUCUGGGCGCGGCCGCGGACGCGGCCGCGGUGGUCGCUUUGAAGGGUUCUCCGUCGACAACCGGCCCAAGACGCUACAGAUCAUGGGCGCCAAGGCCGACGUCGUCGUCGAGACGGCUAUAUCCGUGUUCCACGAAACGCUGUCGGCGGAGAAGGUCGGCGCGUUCUGGUUGCUCAACUUCCCCACACGCCGCGCGGCCGAGAGCGCCAUGCGCGCCCGCGGCCCGCUCAAGCGCGGCUUCGGCGCAGCCGCCAUGAGCCAGAUCGUGGCCGGGGCGAACAACACGGGGGUGCAGCCCGCGCAGCCCGCGCAGAGGCUGGACGACGUCGCGGCGCAGAUCCCGACGAAGCCGGCCGCGCCGCAGCCGCUGCCCAUCGAGGAGCCGCCGAGCGAUGACGCGCAGGCGCAGGCGAAGGCGCAGGCGAAGGCGCCCGUGCAGGCGCAGGGCAUGGGCAUCGGCAUGGGGGUCGGCGUCGGAGUCGGCGUGGCGCAGGCGCCUACGGCGAUGAUGAUCGACUCACAGGAGAGCGGGCCGUCCUAAGGUGAAGGUGGAGUGUUUGAGGUGGCAUUGUGGAUAUGUUUUAUUGUUUGAGGACGCAUAAAGAAUAUGUCUCGCGGACGCUCAGCGUUCCACCCCCGUGAAGGGGCCGUCCUCAACGAA